CCUCUCGCGCCGCGUCCCUGAGCUAGUUGCGCGGCCCAGCGGGUCACGCGGGCGUUGAGCGGCAGCACCGCAGCCCUAUUCCGCGCGCAGCAGAUUUCGCCCCCGCCUUCGUCAGAACACGUGUGUGGCGCGCGGGAAGUGAGGACCCCGUGCGAGUUGCUGCCGGAGGAACAGCGAGACCAGGAAGACUCACCAUGCGGGUGCCGCUGCCUCGCUGCCUGCUGACCUCGCUGCGGGGUCAGCGGGGCGGGGCGCGCUCGCUCUUCACGCUCUCCGACUCGUCGCGGUCGCCGGCCUCGGUGCCGCUGACCCGGGACACGUUCGGUCUGAAGCGCGGCGAGUUCGCCGAGCCCACCUCGGAUGACCUGAGCACGCUGAAGCAGCUGGUCAAGGGCCGCAUGGAGAGCGACGAGGACGACCUGAUCAAACACAACACCGACUGGCUGCGCACGCUCAGAGGGUCGUCGCCGUGUGUCGUAUUUCCGAAGACGACGGCGGAGGUCUCAGACGUGCUGCGCUACUGCUCCGAGCGCCGCCUGGCGGUGUGCCCGCAGGGCGCCAACACCUCGCUGGUCGGCGGCAGCGUCCCCGUCUUCGACGAGGUCAUCGUCAGCACGUCCAAGAUGGACGACGUCAUCGACAUAGACCAUGACGGAGGGACUCUGACGUGCGAGGCCGGCUGCUCCCUGAAGAAGCUGGAGAAGAAGACCCGUAAGAAGCGGCUCUACUUCCCAGUGGACCUCAACAUCCGUGAGGCCCAGAUCGGCGGCGUUGUGGCUGCUGACAUGGCCGGCCCGAGAACGGCCAGAUUUGGGAACCUCCACGGCAAUGUGCUCGGUGUGGAAGUGGUCCUUCCGGAUGGCACGGUGCUGGACUCCAUGUCCACGAUGAGGAAGGACAACACGGGAUUCGACCUCAAGCAGAUGUUCGUCGGCUCCGAGGGCAGCUUGGGUAUCAUCACAAAGGUGGCUAUGGCCUGCCCGCCAAUGCCGAAGCACAUCAACGUGGCGAUGGUGUACACAGAGAGCUUUGACCACGUGCUGGAGAUCAUGCGGCUGGCCAAGGACCAGCUGGGCGAGAUCAUGUCCGCCUGCGAGUUCAUGGACAACGACGCCGUGAUGUCGGUGAAGCAGAAGCACCUGACCAUGUGGGGAGUGCCCGACAAGCCGUACUACGUGCUGAUCGAGACGGCCGGCCACUGCGACAUGCACGACGAGGAGAAGCUCAAGUUCCUCUUCAACAUGCUCAAGGACAAGCGGCUCAUCAUGGACGGUCAGAUCGGACCGCUGAAUUAUGACGACCCGACCUUCGUUGAGCGACUGUGGAACAUCAACGGCCGCAUUCUGACGGCCCUCUCCGCGGCCGGCAAUGUCUACCACUACGACGUCUCGCUACCACACGCCAAGCAGUACCCGCUAGUGGAAAAGCUGCGGAAGGAUCUGGGCGAUGAGAUCACGAAGGUGGCGAGCUUCGGUCACCUGCUGGAUGGCAACAUGCACCUGGCGCUGCUGUCAAGCUCGUUCUCGGCCAGCACGAUGGCCGCGCUCGACCGGCUCAUCACCGAGUACGUGACGGCCGCCGGCGGAGCCGUCUCCGCCGAACUCGGCUGCGGCUUCAAGAGCAGGAACCUGGGCGCCCACUGCAAGGAUCCGGUGGAGAUGAAGAUGAUGCGCGACGUGAAGAACAUGCUCGACCCCAAGGGCAUCAUGAACCCGUACAAGGUGUUCCCGGACAGUGUGUGAGCGGCGCGCCAGAGCGGCUGCCGACCAUGAGCGCUCUGCCAGCGGCGCUCGGAGCGGCGGCGCGGUGUGUGUGUGUGCAGGCCGGCCGAGCGCAGGGGUGUGGCGGAGUCAGAGACCGGUCAGCGGACCGUGACGCGCCGGAACGCCGUGCAGGAAGUGUGUGGACGCGACUGGCCGGGAGAGCUACCGUGAUGGCAAGUGGUUCUACUAAAGAUACAGACUGACUGGCCUUCCGUUCGUGUCGAUCACUCAUUGGCUGGUGGGAGUCGUCUGGUCCCAUAGCGGACCAAGACAAGUGGUAAAUAUAUCGAUUUCACGAUA